GAUUACGUGCCCGAAAUAAUAUUUUUGUACACACAUACACGAACAAAGCGCCAUAAUACUCAUUUGAUUCGGAUAGAGCGCAAGGUGAUCGAUCGCGCACAUAAUCUUCGAGCUGAAAAAAGAUUUGAAAAAAAAUUAAGUGAAAAAACAAAAGAAUUUGAGAAAAAUUGGGUUGCUAGCGGAAUUAUUUAGUCUUUAUUCCUAUGAAUCCCGUUUACAAGAACAAUCCCGACUUCACGAAAAAAGUUUCGACGAGAGAAUACACGUUUGAACGCUCGCAUAAUAUGCUCAACGAAAUACAGCGUUCAACGCUCUCUUCCGUUUGUUUAUUAUGAUUUUUUUUUCGCUUGGCCCUGCGUUGCUCGAGGGUCGAGGACCGAUCAAGAACGAAAGAAUAAUAACAAUAUCCAAUCAUCGUCGGAGGUUAGAGCGACAAUAUAGUAGAGAAACGACGAGGACGAGAGCGAUGCGAUGAGUAGUAUUGGCUGUUUCGUCCGCGGAGACUGUUUGUGCCAAUUGUACACGCGGCGUGGCUCCUAUAUAUUUUGAACAAGGCAUAUUGGUUGUUUUUUUUUGUUUUUUUUUUUUCUAAAUAUGUGCUCGAACUCGAACGGUCGACGUACCGAGAACUGCGGAAAUAGCGAAAAUUGUGGAAAUUUGAUCGAAUGGAUGAACGGACCGGUAGGCAACCUCGUGGGAAUUGGUGUACGAGCUCUGAUCGAUCGUGCAACAGCUUCGGGAGUAGGAUCGAGUCAAAAGAGAGACGCCGUUGUUGGCCGGAAAACUGUGACGAAACAACAGGAAUAUAUUGAUCAAUUUUAUGAUAAUAUUGAAGCACAUCUGAAGGGUACCCUGCGAGUUCUGAAGCCGGCAAUAGAAAUCAAGAACGUUCUUUGUCGCGGUGAAUGCAGAUCGGUCAGCCAGCACGAGACAACAGGUUCUGAAGAAAAUUUUACGCCACAGAAGCGAAAACAAUGUCAACCGAUUCACCGUGGUCGGGUUGAUCGCUGCUGCGAUGCGGCGUUAACCGAGAUGGUUGGGGUGACCGAGAUACCGAAAAAGUUGACUCAGAAGCAGCAGCAACAGCAGGAGCAAGAGCAGCAGGAACGCGAUAGAACGCUAAGAGAUUCCGGAUUCCGAAAAUCCAAGAGCAAUGUUUCGACUCGACGCAACAUCGAGCAGAAUAUUCAUCCUUGGGAGAAAAAAUCAGGACCCUGUUGGAAAUCGAAAAGACUAAAUUCGUGUCUCAUUUGUAAGGCAACUACAAGAGAUGGUGCUUCGUUGGCGAUUCUCCCGUGUAAACAUUCCUUCUGCUAUCCAUGCCUCGACAAAAGCAAUGGUCCCAGCAGGUGUCAAGAAUGUUACGAAGCUUAUUUCGAUAUGAAAAAUGCUACGCAUUUUUCUUCCUCGUUCUCCUGAAUCCGUCGACGCGCCUUUAUUUUUUGUUUAUUCUUAUCGCUUACCAUUGAUACAUGAAAUCAGAUAGAUCGUUGCAUCACGAUGCCGGCGUUGCGCGGUUUUCGAUACAUUCGUUAAUGAUUUUACGUUUACAGUGAUAUUAAAGUUGCGUUGCAGCAUUUCGUACCAAUCGACCUUUUUACAAAGCGAUUGGGAACUAUUAUUUCGAACCCUCGACUUUUCAUUUCGUAGAAAGGAACGUCCCCUCGCGUAGGAACGUGCCAAGUAAAAUCCGUCGUGUAUUGAAUAAAAAAACAAAAAAAUUCAUGAAAUAACUAAAUAUUAUGAAACAUGGACGUUGCGGUUGGAUCGCCAUUUUAAGAGCGACGAAAUAUUUAUUCUCAAUUUUGUUGUAUAAUAUAUGGAUAUAUAUAUAUAUAUAAUUGUAAUAAUACAAACGACUAAAUUUAUGUUUAUAUAUAUAUAUAUAUGUAUGUAUGUAUGUAUAAAAAAAAGGGGCAAAAGAAAGACGUUUAUAGGCUGGUAUCUAGUUUGACAUAUUUAGCUACUGUAUGCGUGUCGGAGACGGUAGCGUUAUAUAGUAUAUUAGGUUCGUUGCUCUCAUCGGAUAAAAGUAAAAUCGAACGAAUAAUAUGAUAAGGGCUGAUCGGCAAAUUUCCAAGUUUCGGCAUCGUUCGAAGAGGGUGUACCAUAUACUAAGAUAUAUUGAAUGAGUAAAUAUAUAUUUCGCAGAGACGAAAGGCAGAUCUCGAACUAUCGGUACGUGUCCACACACCGCAUCGCGCGAGCGAUUAGCUUAUACAAUAUUCAAUAUAGUAUUUUCAAGAGUGAGGAAGGAUAAAAAGGUUCAACGGAUAUUAGUCGAAUUAUUAUCAUUGGAGAAACGUUUGAAUCGGCGUGUUUGCGAGUAUCAUGUAUAUACUAUAAAUACAGCAACCUCAAGUUCUAUCGAAUAAAUAUAUUAAUAAAAUAAAA